UUCGUACCAUCGGCGUUAAAACACAUGUUCAGCGAUUUAUUGCGGGAGUGUAAACUAAUCUGAAAGAGCAAAAACAUCAACAACAACACCAGCAUCAUAAUCGUCGGCAAAGCAACAACAACGCCACCAGAAAAUUUUAACACGUUGACGCUUUUUCUAGUGUUUAUCGCGAGCGGAAAAGCUUACUAAGCGCGUAACAAGAACAAGCGAGACCCCGAAAUCUUUUUUCAUCUCGGUCUUUGCGUCUUUGAGUGUGCGUGCCAAAAUUCAAAUACGUCAUCGACGCGCGCAGCGUUAGAACGAAAGGAAAGAAAUAAUUGAUAUACAUAAAUGCCAGCGAAAGAUUGAAUUCAAUUGCAGGAGCAACAAAAAGCCAAACAAAUUGAGGAAAAAAGUCCCCCCACCGCACAGUGACAACUUCAAUUAAUUAACUUGUUAUUGUGUAGUAGCGUAGCAGUCCGCUUCUUGCCAUUCACCGCGAAACGCAGGCACACAAAAGAACGUGCAAAACAGCUGGGACUCGGACUGAGAGUAACGGAACGUCGAGCAACAAGUGCAGCAGCAGCAGUAGCAGUAGCAACAACAACAACAACAUCAACAACACAAAGCCCUUUCAAUUGUGGGAGAGAGAGGAAUAUGUGUCUGUGUGCACUCCAAUAAAUACGAAGACAACGGCCACUUUUGUUGUUGCCACAAUCAAUUAGAGUGAUAGCACGCGGCAGAGGAAAAGCAGCGCCGCAGCAGCAUCCGCAUCAAUUUGCUGUCAGCAUCUGAAUCUUCGGGUCGGCAUUAUUCCGAAAAGUGUGAGUGUGAGCGUAGUUGCUCCCGUUCCGCCUCCGUAAUCGCAAGUGCUUGUUGUUAUUGUCGCAGUCGUCUGCGAUCCGCGAACCGCGAUCUUUGCCUGUGUUUGUAACGGCGACGUCGUCUUGAUUGGAACGCUCUGUUUCUUGACUUUUUUCGUACUUUUUUAAUUCCGAAACUGGUGUAUCUGUAGUUUCCCGCUAACGGCGAAAAUUCACACAACUCAUUGAUAUUUUAACCUCGUGUCCGCGUUGGCUGCCGCUCGACCAAGGUUCUGCCACACAAAAUGCUUGUCUCUUUGGGCUUUUCGAAGCCUCGCUUCGUCGGAUUAAAAGUGCUCCUCUAGCACGCUAGCAAGUCCGGCCACAUAAACAAGAAAACCAAAAACUUGAAAACAUAACCCAUUGAAUUGGCAGAAAACGUUAUCACCACCCACCGAAUCGUACCGUUAUCGUUAUCGCGAAACAGAAUCCACAGAUAAAAAACGUUCCGUUUCGCUUCGUCGUAAAUACAGUGCUAAAUCGUGUGAAAUAAACUAAAAUCGCUGAAAAAACAGCCUAAUUUGUCUAAUGAAAGCCGAGAGCAUUUGUGAAUAAUUAGCCCCGAAAAAAACCUGUUCGCAGUCACCGCAAAAAUUAGGCUCCAAUAAAAAGUGACGAUCUAAGAAACUGGCAUCUCGCCCGCUUGAUAUAUAACACCCCAACACAAACGUACAUUUCGCGAUAACACCUAUACUAAACAAAAAAAAAGAGAGAAACCAAAUCCAGCGAAUCAACUUCACAGUAAAGUCGCAAAGUCAGUGCAAGCCAGAGCUAAAUCGUCGAGCAAACCGAGUAGUUGUGCGUACAUCCAGUCGUUAAAUCGCAAAAAGUCUACGGAACCACCCCCACAAUCGCAAUCAUAAUCUUGUGCUAAUACGAUCAGAAUAAUGUCAGCAUUCUGACAGUGUAUAACAAAACAAAGUUACAUAAUCGCCGUGUAAAUCCAAUUUUUUUGGAAACGAACCCCCACAAGUGCCCAAUUGGAAUGUCGAAUAUCUGACAGCGACCAAACAAACAGCGAAAUCAGUCGAAGCCAAACUCAAAAGGGAACCAACUGCAGAAGGAAAGCAAGCGCAGCCUGUUAUCAGUGAAAUAUACACACAUAUAUAUUCGAUUUCAGCGUAAACAACUGCUAUAUAAUGUCCGUCGCCAUCUGACAGUGGUCCAAACAACCAGCACAAAGAGCUAAAAGUAGCCGCAACCAGUGACAAGUUUCACCAGAGCUAGUGAGACCUGUACUGUAGAACCAACCCAAGACACUUAAGCUUGCAGCACGGGCAAACAAAUUCAGCGAUAAAUGGAGAAAUCUGAAAUACGACUGCAACGCAUGUCUAAUGAAUAUCAGUCGCAAUCGAGCUAUAUGUAUCUCCGGACCAAAAUGCUGUUAAAAAUCGAGAACACCCUACUUCGAAGCCAUCGUCAGCGCGAGACCACCGGUAUCAAGAAACUAUACAAUUCGUUUUUCGUAUUGUUUUAAUUUGCCCCCCGGCCAGUCCCAAACCCUCUCAAAGGCCCCAAGAACACAAAACGCACAAUAGCCACCUUUCCAAUUCCACUCAACUGUGAGCCAAGUUAAAAAAAUUUACAAGAAGCAAGUUAUACAUGUUUUAAAUAUACAUUAAAUAUAUAUGAAUAAACUAGAGAUAUUAUUUGGUUGUUAGUAGAACUCACGUCAAGUGCAUAUUGUUAGCCCUCGUAUAUCCAAAGUGCUGUGCGACGAACGAACGAACGAUUAAGUAAGUGUGUCAUAUGAGCAUUUUGAACAAGCCAAGCCAAAAUGUUAGCCUAAGCAAGUAAUCAGUAAGUGUCGGUCGAUCAAUAUACGGUUUCUACUUCGAAUAUUACUAUUACCAUCAAUAACUUUUGUUGCAUUUCGCAUUGCACUAAAAACUUGA